CCAUCCCCGAAGAAGAUGCGGACAGAAUGGGAGGAUUCUACCGACGUGCUAGUCAAGAAGGACGACUCGGUCGAUCACAUUCAGAACGAGGCUGAUGCGUGUCAGUUUGUCGAGACUGUCAUGUCUGACUUGGAGCAGAUCUUCUCCACACCCGAGGGCGCCGAUGCUGUCUCACUCGCAGGAAUUUCGAUAUCGGAGACACUGGAACACAUUCUGAAGGGCAUCACUUCUUCCACGGAAAGCACGGAUGCCUCAUCAUCUAGUGGAGGUUAUAGUGAUGCCCUGGACCUGUCCGGUUUCUCGUCGACCCCGCCCAAGCUGGACGGCUGCGAAGAGUACUUUGAUUUCUCAUCAUUCGGUCCAGGUGAGGACGAGAUGGCAUCGAAAGCUCCAACACCGGAUCUUGUACCAGCAUCGUCGACGAAUCCAAGUCCUGGCUCAGGAUCGGGAUCGGAUAUUGAGAGCGGACAUGGAUCAUCGUCCUUCGACUCUGCGAAAAUUGCUGGUGUGGAUGGAGACGACUCUGAAAUCCUGCGGCUAGGGAUGUGGCAAGAAGUCGACGGGGGACUGGGUGCAUACUUCAACCCGUCGGACAUGUGGAAGUGGGACGGACCGAUGCCAUCAGCGGACGGCUGGGCGAUGUUCACAUAGAAGGAGUGGAUCUGAGGGCUGUGUAUGUGGUUUAUUUGCUGGCGCAGGCUAUGUUUUAUAUUGUGCUGCUAGUCUUGCGGAUCUGUCUGAUGUCUUUUCCUUGUCUAUCUCAAUGUCUGUCGUCGCAUCUGCUGUUGUGUCUUUUGAUUAUACGCUGUGUAUUUCUACCAUAUACUAGUCUAGCCAUCAUCGCUUACUGCUCGCGGAGUCACAAUCGUCAGCUAAUUCGCCGCUCCCCGUGAAA